AUUUUCUGUUAAAAAGCAAUGGUAAACGAUAAAAAGCGACGCUCCCGUUCACGGGAGCGGUAUAGAGAUGACCGCAUGGUUGAUCGGGAGCGGGAGAGACAAAGGGAUCGGGAGCGCCCAAAUCCAAGAGACAGAGAACGUGAACGAGACAGAAUGGAAAGGGAACGAGACAAGGACCGGCGUCAGCGGCGUUCACGCUCGCGUGAAGAUCGUUAUCAACGUGGCCGCUCCCCUGAGCGCCAGCGUCCACGGGAAAACAACGUACGAGAACGUUCGCGAGAGCGCGGACCUCGAGGCGCAGGAGAACCGGAGAAGAAGUCUAAACAGGAGGGAAUGGCAGGCGGGUCAGUGACCAAGUCAAAAUUGGAGGCCGGCGGAAUUGUGCCACUCAUUGUGGAUGAUGAUGAACUGGAUCAAAAGGGAAACGCAAAACAAAAGAAAGAGCCGCUCUCGCUGGAAGAGCUACUGGAUAAGAAGAAGCGGGAGGAGGAUGCACGCAGCAAGCCAGUCUUUUUGACCAAGGAGCAACGAGCGGCCGAGGCGCUAAAGCGUCGUCAGGAGGAGGUGGAUCGCAUACGUGCGGCCCAAGAUGUUGCGCGUGCGCAAAUGUCACAGUCUGGCAGCGGUAGCAGCAGUAGCAGAGCAGGCGAUGUUGCAAUGGUGCCGGCUUCGACGGGUCCACCUGCAUCAAUGGGGCCGCCUGCGAAACCGGAUCGACGCGAGGACCGUCGCGAUCGUGAUCGGGACAGCAAGCGUGCCGAGGAUUUAACACAAAAGGAUAAGGAAAAGGAACUGGAGGCCAUUCGCGAACGUUACUUGGGCAUUGUCAAGAAGAAGCGUCGAGUCCGUCGUCUCAACGAUCGCAAAUUUGUAUUCGAUUGGGAUACUGGCGAGGACACAUCCAUAGAUUACAAUAAUCUAUACAAGGAGAGGCAUCAUGUGCAGUUCUUUGGACGCGGCAAUGUGGCCGGCAUCGAUAUCAAAGAGCAGAAGCGCACCCAAAGCAAAUUCUACGGAGAUUUGCUGGAAAAACGACGCACUGAGGCCGAGAAGGAGCAGGAGAAGGUGCGUCUAAAGAAAAUGAAACGCAAAGAGGACAAACAAAAAUGGGACGAUCGUCAUUGGUCCGAGAAGGACCACGAUGAGAUGACUGAACGCGAUUGGCGCAUAUUCCGUGAAGAUUAUAACAUAACCAUCAAGGGUGGCAAAAUACCCAAUCCCAUACGUUGCUGGAGUGAAUCGGGCUUUCCACCCGAAAUUAUCGAGAUCAUUGAUCGCGUGGGCUAUAAGGAACCCACACCCAUUCAGAGGCAGGCCAUACCAAUUGGUUUGCAAAAUCGUGACAUUAUCGGUGUCGCUGAAACAGGUUCCGGCAAAACCCUUGCCUUCCUUAUACCCCUGCUCUCGUGGAUUCAGUCGUUGCCCAAGAUCGAGCGACUCGAAGAUGUGGACCAGGGCCCAUAUGCUAUUAUUAUGGCACCAACGCGUGAAUUGGCACAGCAGAUUGAGGAAGAGACCACCAAAUUUGGUCAACCCCUGGGCAUACGUACUGUCGUCGUUGUGGGCGGUUUGUCGCGAGAGGAGCAGGGUUUCCGCCUCCGACUGGGCUGUGAAAUCGUCAUUGCCACGCCAGGUCGUUUAAUUGAUGUGCUGGAGAAUCGCUAUUUGGUGCUCAAUCAGUGUACCUACAUUGUGUUGGAUGAGGCUGAUCGCAUGAUAGACAUGGGCUUCGAGCCGGACGUGCAAAAGAUAUUGGAGUAUAUGCCCGUAACAAAUUUAAAACCGGACUCCGAAGAAGCCGAGGAUGAGAAGAAACUCAUGGAGAAUUUCUACUCCAAAAAGAAAUAUCGUCAGACGGUGAUGUUUACGGCAACUAUGCCGCCAGCCGUAGAACGUCUGGCGCGAUCCUAUCUGCGUCGUCCGGCCACCGUGUACAUUGGUUCCGUCGGCAAACCCACAGAGCGCACCGAGCAGAUCGUCUACAUGAUGGGCGAGAACGACAAACGCAAGAAGUUGAUGGAGAUAUUGUCUCGUGGCAUCGAACCACCAGUCAUUAUAUUCGUCAAUCAAAAGAAGGGUGCCGAUGUGCUGGCCAAGGGUCUGGAGAAAUUGGGUUACAAUUCGUGUACUCUGCACGGUGGCAAGGGUCAGGAGCAGCGUGAAUAUGCGCUGGCAUCUCUUAAAUCGGGCGCUAAAGAUAUACUGGUGGCCACCGAUGUGGCUGGUCGUGGUAUUGAUAUCAAGGAUGUAUCGCUGGUUAUUAACUAUGACAUGGCCAAGUCCAUCGAGGAUUAUACGCAUCGUAUUGGUCGUACGGGACGUGCAGGCAAAACCGGUAUGGCUAUUUCCUUUGUGACCAAGGACGACAGUGGCCUAUUCUAUGAUCUGAAACAAUGCGUCACGGCCAGUCCGGUGUCAGUUUGUCCGCCCGAGCUCAUGAAUCAUCCAGAGGCACAGCACAAGCCCGGCACAGUGGUGACCAAAAAACGACGAGAGGAGAAAAUAUUUGCUUAAGAAGUGAACCACAUAUUGGUGUAAACAGUAAAGUUGGUCAAAAAUAUAAAAUUACAUAUAAAUAAAAUCAUUUUUGCUUUA